CGCUUCCCGCAAAACCUAAAGUUCUUAAGAGAAAAGUAAUAUCUAUAAAAGUGUUUGAAUCUGCAUUCAUAAUCAAGUGAUAUGCCCUUUAUUUUAUUCAUUCCUUCAGCUCAUGUACGUUUAGCAGGGUUUGGUUUAGUCGGUGAGGAGUAGGUUUAUUCGCUUUUGCAGCAUCGACCAGGAAGUGAUCGAAAUCACCUCGCGAUUCUCAUCCCAUACAGUUCUACAGCACAGUGUGGUUAUUUUCUAAAACCUGGCAAAACCAAUGCUAUCAUAGAGGUUUCAGGGGAUAUGUUCAUUAGCCAUACGCUUGAAAUAACAGGAUAGGAGAGACGCAUGCUUUCCUUGUUCCUGUGAAGGACAGAACAAACAGUACCAGGUAAUCAUGGCUUCAAUGUUGCACGGGCACUGCAGUGGUGUUUUGCUCCCCAUGCUGCUUGUUUUUCUUCUUAACGGAGCUGUGUGCUUGGAUUUGCACGGAAAAAAUGCCAACCAGAGCUCAACUGGUGAUGACAAGAGCGGCCCGUGUAAAGCUAUAGAUGGGGACAAGUCAACAUCUACGCAUACGGCUAUCACAGAGGAUGAUAAAAGAGAUCCGUGGUGGAGAUUGGACCUGCUUGAUGUCUACUGCUUAAAGAAGAUAACCAUACUUAACAGAAACGACUCAAGGUGUUCAGACAUGCCCCAACAUGAUUGUGCUCGCCGUUUAAUAGGUGCUGUAGUUAGUGCUGGGUUGAGUCCAAAUCGUAAUUCAAACAGAGAGAUAGGAACAGUUACAGAUGAACAAGCCACUUCCCAAACGCCGAGCAUUGACUUCAUAGCCAACCCUGCAGUCACUGCCCGUUACGUGAGAGUGGAUCUUCCUGGUAGAAAUAGAAUACUUCACAUGCGUGAAGUCUACGUUGAAGAAUUCACGGAUGAAGAUGGAGCAGACGAGGCAGUGGAUUUUACACUCGUCACCAGCCCUACUCUACUUGGUAGCACUGGAAACAACAAUGCAACCAUUGGAGCUUACAAAAGCCCCAGAGAUAUCACCGCUGCCGUGUCAUUCGGUCGGCAGUUGAUGAUUGGAGGAGCUAAUAAUGGACUGCCUUCAAGUUCAAAAGAGCUGCAGAGCAAUCAGCUGGGAUGUCAACUCAGACAAAUCCAGUUACCCGAAGUCGGUGGGCUUGACAGAACAGGUGUCUUCUACUGCGAAGCCACUAAGCCCGGCAAGUCGGCCACAAGGAUACAGACCAUAAUUUUGCCAACAGAUGAAUCUAGUGUAUACGUACGUCCACUUCAACGAACAAAAACAGUAAAUAUCGGAGAUUCAGUUCGAUUGGAAAUGCGAAAAGUGAAUUCACCAAAUACCGACUACAGAUGGCAGCACAAUGGAAGUGAUGUUACUUUGUGGGACAAACAGCUUAGUGUGACUAUUCCUCAUGUUGCUGUGACGGAUGCAGGAGUCUACAGUUGUUUCCCAUCUGGACAUGAAGGUCAACGACUGCAUGGCAUCAUGAGACUCGUUGUGCGAGAAUGUUCUGCAGAAAAGUGGGGGUCCCUUUCCUGUCUCAAUAUCUGCCGUCGAUGCUACAAUGGGGGAGUUUGUGAUGCCAACACCGGAACGUGUGUCUGUGCACCAGGUUUCAGUGGAGAACACUGUGAGCAAGUCCACGGUCGUAACGUCUUCGGACAAAAUGCCGGUCACCGAUGCUCCAACAGUGGCGAUCAGCACGACAGUGCUUGUCGGGGUCGUUUAUUUUGUUUGUCUGAUCCUUACGGAUGUUCAUGUGCUGCAGGGUUCACAGGACUGGACUGCAUGCGAGGAUGCCCGGACGGAACGUAUGGAGCUGACUGUAAGCAGACAUGCCACUGCGCACCAGGAAAAACCUGCAGUAAGGAUACUGGAGAAUGCAUUAAUCAUGAAUGUGCCGGGCAAUAUUUUGGGAACAACUGCCAGUGCUCUGAGGUAGAACCUUUCUCGGGAGAAGUAAUAUCAACACUUGUAAAGAAACGCAGCCUCAGGUUUUCCUGGAGUGAACCGAUUUGUGUAUCUAAGCAGGGUGGUUCCAUCACCGGGUACAAAUACAGGCUCAGUGCCGUGAUUUCCGGAUCACAAACAGAGUUAAACCAUCAAAUCUCGGCAAAAUCAGCUCUAAUAGAAGACUUGAUACCAUACAUUGAGUAUAACUUUCAAGUUGCGGCUGAAACAAGUUACGGGACUGGACGGUAUAGCAGUGGUCUCAUAGUGCGGACGAAAGAAGCCAAGCCAACAGUCCCUCAGAAUGUCACCAUCGAGAGUAUCACCGAAGAUUCGAUAACGCUUGCCUGGUUGGAACCCGAUCCUCCACAUGGUAACAUAACGGCCUACAAUGUUGCCUGGAGACACGUCGGUGAAACACAAGAGGAGAAAUAUGUCAACACCACUGUCACACAUCACAGGAUGAGUGGUCUUCAGCUGAGUGAGAAAUACUCAGUUAAGGUGCGCGCAAAAACGAAGGUAGGUCUUGGUGAUUGGAGCGAAAACAUCUCUGCAACGGUCGUCGGAGUACCUGGUCCCUUACGCAAUCUCCGCUGGACAAAUAGAACCAAGGAGACAGUUACUCUGGACUGGGACCCACCGUCACAACCCAAAGGACCAAUAAGCGGUUACGUUGUAAAAUUCAGGGCAACAGAAAAGGAGGAUUUCAUAAAGAGAGAGACCGAAAGCGCUCCUUUUGUUGAGACAAACCUCGAGCCAGGCACAAAGUAUGAAUUCAAUAUUUUUGCCAAAAAUUGGUGGUACACAGGAACGCCCUCUAUCUUGGAAGUUUACACCAUAUCAGCGAAAGAAACACGGCAAAAUAAUUCAACUGGACUUGCGGUGGGGAUGGUGUUUCUAGUUUUGGCUCUCGUCACCACUGUUUUAGUCGCCAUUAUUAUUUUUAGAAGAAAAGCUAAUCAACCUCAAAGGACGUCUGACGGAAGAAGAUCCUUAAUGUUCCCAACAGAUCGACCACAUGAACUUAAAGUUGAUGAGCCAGUAAUGGCGACGUCUUCGAACGCUUAUUGUGAUUCUGAGGGUGGGAGCAGUCCGCCUACACCUUUGGGGUCCCCUAAGCUCGCGCCUAAACCAAGCCAGAAACAAGUCUUCAAGCAGCCACCGCCCGUUUGCUCGGAGGCGCUAGCUGACUACACCAAGAUGAAGGAAUCAAUGAAAGAAAGUGGAUUUGAGGCAGACUAUAAGACGAUUCCAGACGGUCAGUUACAUCCUUGGACUGUGGCAAGGAAACCAGAAAACAAGCACAAGAAUCGAUUUGCCAAUGUCAUUGCCUAUGACCAUUCUCGCGUUGUAUUGACGCCUAUGGAAGGAGACCCUCAUUCCGAUUACAUAAACGCAUGCUACGUGGACGGCUACAAAGAGGCAGACAAGUACAUCGCUAGUCAAGGACCUAACAAGGGUUCCCUUAACGACAUUUGGCGGAUGGUGUGGCAGUUAAACGUUGAUAAGAUUGUGAUGCUGACGAAUCCCGUGGAAAACGGAAAGGUGAAGUGUCUCCAGUACUGGCCAAAUACGGGAUCUUGUACUUACGCCGACAUCUCCGUGGUAAUCGUUGACGAGCGAGUCUUCCUUGACCAUACAAUCCGACUCCUGAAAAUAACACAGCACGACAGUGACGAGGACUGCCGAGUAGUGAAGCAGUUCCACUACACCACAUGGCCAGACAUGAAACCACCCGAGUACCCAGCACCCUUGCUCAACUUCAUACGAGUGGUGAACUCUGAGCAAAACGAAGGACGGAUCCUUAUACAUUGCAGUGCAGGUGUGGGCCGCACGGGGACGUACAUCUGCCUAGACUCCAUGCUGCAACAAAUGAACCAGGAGGGGCAGGUGGAUGUUCUCGGCUUCAUCUAUCGCAUGAGGCAAAAGCGCAUCAUGAUGGUACAGACUCCGGAGCAAUACCAAUUCAUCUUUGAUGCCCUCCUUGCGGCAUCCCUGACUGGCGAAACAACCUACAAAAUAGUCGAUUUCCGACGACAACUGACGGCCAUGAAGAAGGUGCAAGGUCGCUCCAAAGAAACGGGCAUCGAGAAGCAAUUUCAGGCGCUGGGUAAACUGCGAUUGGGCCGUCGUAAUGAGCGGAGCAGGUCCGGCCACCUCCCGGAGAAUGCCACCAGGAAUCGGUUUCCAGAUUUCAUUCCAACUGACAGAUCGAGACCAUUCUUGGUGACUACCUCACGUGAAGAUGAUAACAAUUACAUCAACGCCACGUUUCUCCCGGGCUACCGCAAGAAAUGUAGGUAUAUCACGACACAGAUGCCCAUGCCCAGCACAGCUGCGGACAUUUGGCGCUUAAUGUACGACCAAAAAGCGACUUGCAUCGUCAUGCUUAACCCUCUGGAUGAAGACGACGAAAGCAUAUGUCGUUACUGGCCAGAAGACGGGCCCUUCGAGUUGGGACCCCUGGUUGUGGAGCUACUGCAGACAAAACAGUACAAAGGUGUGAUUGGUCGCACUUUUUCACUGCGCCAUGUGAGAGCAAAGGCUGAGCCUGCUCGGACCGUCUGUCAGUUCCAAUGCCAAGACUGGCCAGCAGAUGAGGAGGUUCCCAGCUCCCGACAAGGAAUUCUGACACUCAUGGACCUAACUCAACAAUGGCACGAGGAAAAAUCGCCCAUCGUGGUUCAUUGCAUGAAUGGGUUUGGCCGUUCAGCCGUGUACUGCGCCCUCAUGUCUGCCAUGGAACAGUUCCAGGAGGAAAAGGUUGUGGACGUCUUUCAAGCCGUUCUGCGUCUUCGUGCAGUGAACAGCAGCAUGAUGUACUCCAUGACAGAAUGAUUGAUAUGUGGGUGGUAUGGUUUACGUUGGACAGGACCACUAUGCUAUGUGCUACGACAUACUCCAAGUCAACUUAGAUUCGUCCACCGUCUAUGAGAACCUCUAGACCCGAAGAUAGCUGUAAACAAUGAUAAAUGACACUUAAAAAUCACAUGUUAAUCAUUUUUGUAUCGAGCAAACUGCAGACUGGUAUCAAGCAAUCACAUUAUGUGGAACACUGCUCACCGUGCUGUUUUUUAUUUAUUUUUUUUUGCCUGCAGAAAAGUAUGUCUUUACGAAAUAGCUAACAAAUAACAACCAACCCGAGAUUCGGUCUUAACAAUGUAAACUGUGACUUUCUUUGAUUAGAUGACCUGUUCAGAUAAUUCAGUAACUUCAUAUACAUGCGCGUACACUGCUUGUAAGUUCAUGUGCGAUGGAUUUCAAUAGAGCGAGAGGUCUCGUGAAGAAAAAAAUGGUUGCAUAGGCAGAAAGCAAACAGUUGAUCGAUCAAAAAUCGCGAGUGAAAUAAAUAAAGUAGUAUUUUUUACACAGGUCAUUGGGAAAAGUUUAAGUAAGUAGCCAUUUCAAAGCCAAAAUGUAAUCGAGUAUUAUGUACCGAUUGAACUAGUCUAUGGGGAGAAGAGCUACAAUUAGUUGUUGCCAGAACUCGAACAGACUGGGAUAAGAUACGAAAUUAUAUAGUUGAUGUGCCAACCACAGAGGCUUUUAGAAGCAAGCUGUAAGCUACACCGUGCAAAGUGAUCAUUGAUAAACAACAAUUCCUCGCUCCCCAGAGGCGGUCGCGAUAUGUCACCGUGUAAUGAAUUAACCAUCAAGAUCAUCAAGUACGCUUUGUGUUAAGAUAUAUCCUGAUAUUACUCAGUAAACCAUGUGUUCUUGUAGGACUACGACGUAACAAGAAGUACACGUAUCGUGAUAGGCCUAUAUAUUUAAACAAGUAAAACAAGUUAAUUUUUUAAAUUUUAUCCCCACAUUUCAAUGAUACAUUCGUGAAAGAUUUUGAUAACAAUAUAAUCAGUCCUACAGCCUCAAAACCAGGCGUCUUCAGGCCAAGAAGGGAUGAACUUUCUCUCUAAGUAUUGUGCAGAAUUUUGUCACUGCUAAUAAACGUACCUAGCAUUGCCAUAAACGCCAUCUGCAUAAAUGCGACCUGAUCACUUAGGUGCAAUGCAGCCCAUGUGGGCAGAGAAUGAACGACAGCUCAGGAAUGGACACCUGUCAAGCUGUAUUGACAGGACGGUUGGUCAUAAUUUUUGUCUUUAAAAUUUUGAGAUUACUCAGGCUUCUUUUACUGUAUCAGGAAAAAGAUUAGACCCGCCAAAUUUACCAAAACUAGAUUUCAGAACAGUUCGUCUGAUUAUAGGAAACAUCAUUGUUAUUUGGUUGUGCUGGAAGGUGCAUGUUUCCCGUUCGGCGUACGGAGAUGACACAGUCCAAACCCAGCCUUGGGUCAAGAUUAACGUUAGUCAGCAAGAAAUUGGGGAGCCGAGUGAACGAAUAACGCCUGGCAAUCAUUGCUUCUGUACAGAAAAUCCGUACUUUCGGUAUCAUUGUACUUAUUGUAUUGUAAAGAGGUAAAAGAAAGCGACGACCUCGUGAGCACUGUACAAAAUUUGGCCAAUGUGGGCUCUCGGCGAUUUGCACUUGUCAGCGCCCUGUGCGUGGCUGAUGAUAUGAGCGCUGAGCGACGAGCGAACGUUAAACGUUAUGCCGCCCUCCUAGAUUUGUUUCCUUUGGUUUACUUUACUGGCUGUACCUCGGCAUUUUUGGCAAAGUAGGACUGCACAUAUCUUUAUAAAUCUGGUAAUUUAGCAAAAGAACGCAUUCAAUCAUUUUGCAGAAGAUCGUGUUGCCUAGUGUAUUUAGCGUAAUUUGAUUACAAAAUCGUGUAAUAAGCCCUAUAUGAUGAAUAUAAGUUUGUAAAAUUGUUGAUCACGAUUAAGAUUUUUUUGGUCACAAGCAUUACUCAGUAUUUGAAAACUUUGCAAAUUGUCAAAUGUCCAAGUCACGGUAACAGUGACACUGUCUAUCACAACUUCGCUAUAACGUAGACUCGAUCAAAUAAAAGUGUUUUCAAAUUAAUAAAAAAAUUGCUCAAUUUUGAGCAUAAAAUUAGUGUUGGAGGCUACGCCAAUUCAUUCUCAUGGAGGUCAGGAACAACAUUUCAAGAGAUUAUUAAAUACGUUUUUAUCUGCAAGAUAUAUUUGUUGAGAGUUUUAAGCAUGGUUUAGCUAUACAUUAUGACAUUAGAUAAUUUAGAUCAGUCAUUUCAGAGUCGAGACCAAGUCAAUCAAUACAAGCCGUCACUUGUCGCCACAAGAUGUCAUCAUCUGAAGGAAAAAGAUUCCGUGUCAACAGUCGGUCUAUAACUACACGUAGUCAGAUGGGCUGCGAAGGGAGACAUUUUUCUUGGUUGACAUCAUUCAUAAGUGUUUGCCAAAUCCAUGCAUGAUAUUACCUUAGUAACAGAUUUUAUCUCACACAGGGUCCUACUGACCUGUACUUCACACCACUAGGGUAGACAAGGUUGAAAUAUAUUAAGCAGUAAAGUUUCUCAACAAAAAUUUGUAAUUAAGGUUCUAACAUUUUGCGUGACGUAUGUAUUAUUUUUGUACCCAGGAAUACAGACUUGAGGACAUUUACAGCAGUUAAAACAAUGUGUGUGACACAAAAGGAUGAGAUGUAUAA